CCUGGUUGGAUGACAUCAUCGCUAAGUCAACAUGGCUGACGGCAUCCCGUUAGAUUCGAUACGGAAAAGCUUGCGGAGAAACCACUACUACUACCACUCUGUCCGACAUUCGAGAUUGUCCGUGGACGAUGAGCCGUCCAGCCUGGAUGAGAUGCCCCUGAUGAUGUCCGACGAGGCCUUCGAGAACGACGAAAACGACUACCAAACAUUGCCGCGGGCCCGGGUUAACCACAGACGGCGAGGACUUGGCUGGUUCCUCCUCGGUGGCUGGAAAGUUCUCUGGUCAAGCUGCUGCGAUUGCCUGGUCCGAAUGUGCCGGCGGAAGAAGGAACUGAAAGCCCGCACCGUGUGGCUUGGCCACCCGGAGAAGUGCGAGGAGAAGUUCCCCAAAAACUCCAUCCACAACCAGAAGUACAACAUCUUCACCUUUGUGCCAGGGGUUCUGUACCAGCAGUUCAAGUUUUUCCUCAAUCUCUACUUCCUGGUGGUGGCCUGCUCGCAGUUUGUGCCCUCGCUGAAGAUCGGAUACCUGUACACGUACUGGGCGCCCCUGGGCUUCGUGCUGGCGGUCACCAUGGUGCGCGAGGCGGUGGACGAGGUGCGGCGCCAUCGGCGGGACCAGGAGAUGAACUCGCAGCUGUACACCAAGCUGACGCUGCGCGGUAAAAUCCAGGUGAAGAGCUCAGACAUCCAAGUGGGUGACCUGAUUAUUGUGGAGAAGAACCAAAGGAUUCCCGCAGACAUGAUCUUCAUGAGGACGUCUGAAAAGAACGGGGCGUGUUUCAUCAGGACGGACCAGCUGGACGGCGAGACAGACUGGAAGUUGAAAAUGGCGGUGGGAUGCACGCAGCGGCUUCCGGCAGUGGGGGACCUCUUUUCCAUCAACGCCUUCGUCUACGCCCAGAAGCCUCAGCUGGACAUCCACAGUUUUGAGGGCAACUUCACACGGGAGGACGCCGACCCCCAGAUCCACGAGAGCCUGAGCAUCGAAAAUACGCUGUGGGCCAGCACGGUCGUAGCGUCGGGCACCGUGAUUGGGGUGGUGAUCUACACAGGCAAGGAGACCCGCAGCGUGCUCAACACGUCCUACGCCAAAAACAAGGUGGGCCUUCUGGACCUGGAACUGAACCGGCUCACCAAGGCCCUGUUCUUUGCCCAAUUGGUUCUGUCCAUCGUGAUGGAAGCCGUGCACAGCUUUGUAGGUCCGUGGCUCCGCAACCUCUUCCGCUUUGUGGUGCUCUUCUCCUACAUCAUCCCCAUCAGCCUGCGAGUGAACCUGGACAUGGGCAAGGCGGCUUACGGCUGGAUGAUCAUGAAGGACGAGAACAUCCCCGGCACGGUGGUGAGGACUAGCACCAUCCCGGAAGAACUGGGCCGGCUGGUCUACCUCCUGACGGACAAAACAGGCACUCUGACCCAAAACGAGAUGAUCUUCAAGAGGCUGCACCUGGGGACCGUGUCCUACGGUACCGACACCAUGGAUGAGAUCCAGAGCCAUAUUAUCCAGUCCUAUGCUCAGGGCUCCUCCAGUGGCGACUCGGCCACGGCGUCCCAGAAAUCCCAGACGCCGGGCCCCAAAGUCCGCAAGAGCGUCAGCAGCCGCAUCCACGAGGCGGUGAAGGCCAUCGCCCUGUGCCACAACGUCACACCUGUCUACGAGGCGUGCGGCGAGACUGAAACGGCAGAGGCCGAGCAGGACUUCACUGACGACAACCGCACGUAUCAGGCUUCCAGUCCCGAUGAGGUGGCGUUAGUGCAGUGGACGGAGAGCGUGGGCCUCACCCUUGUCAACCGGGACCUGGGGUCCCUGCAGCUCAAGACACCCGCUGGGCAGAUACUGUCCUUCAACAUCCUGCAGAUCUUCCCCUUUACCUCCGAGAGCAAGCGCAUGGGCAUCAUUGUCAGGGAGGAGUCGACAGGUGACAUCACGUUCUACAUGAAGGGCGCCGACGUGGCCAUGGCGAGCAUCGUCCAGUACAACGACUGGUUGGAGGAAGAGUGCGGCAACAUGGCCAGAGAAGGUCUGAGAACGUUGGUGGUGGCUAAGAAGUCGCUGUCCGAGGAGCAGUACCAGGACUUUGAGAGCCGCUACAACCAGGCCAAGCUGAGCAUCCACGACAGGACCCUGAAAGUGGCGGCGGUGGUGGAGAGCUUGGAGAGGGAGCUGGAGCUCCUCUGCCUGACUGGCGUGGAGGACCAGCUGCAGACCGACGUUAGGCCCACGCUGGAGCUGCUCAGGAACGCCGGCAUCAAGAUCUGGAUGUUGACUGGGGACAAGCUUGAAACGGCCACAUGCAUCGCCAAAAGCUCUCAUUUGGUCUCCAGAAACCAGGACAUCCAUGUUUUCCGACCGGUGACCAACCGAGGGGAGGCCCACCUGGAGUUGAACGCCUUCCGCAGGAAGCACGACUGCGCGCUGGUCAUCUCGGGCGACUCCCUGGAGGUGUGCCUGCGCUACUACGAGCACGAGUUUGUGGAGCUGGCGUGCCAGUGCCCCGCCGUGGUGUGCUGUCGCUGCUCGCCCACGCAAAAGGCCCAGAUCGUCACGCUGCUCCAGCAGCACACCGCCAACAGAACCUGCGCCAUCGGUGACGGCGGUAAUGACGUAAGCAUGAUCCAAGCUGCCGACUGCGGGAUUGGAAUCGAAGGAAAGGAAGGCAAGCAGGCGUCGCUGGCGGCCGAUUUCUCCAUCACGCAGUUCAAGCACAUCGGCCGCCUCCUCAUGGUGCACGGCAGGAACAGCUACAAGCGCUCAGCGGCCCUGGGCCAGUUCGUCAUGCACCGUGGGAUGAUCAUCUCCGCCAUGCAGGCGGUCUUCUCGUCCAUAUUCUACUUUGCUUCCGUUCCCUUGUACCAAGGAUUCCUCAUGGUUGGUUAUGCCACCAUCUACACCAUGUUCCCGGUCUUCUCGCUGGUCCUGGAUGAGGACGUGAAGCCGGAGAUGGCGCUGCUCUACCCGGAGCUCUACAAGGACUUGACCAAGGGCCGCUCGCUUUCCUUCAAGACCUUCCUGGUCUGGGUUUUGGUCAGCGUGUAUCAAGGGGGCAUCCUAAUGUACGGGGCGCUGGUGCUGUUCGAGUCGGAGUUUGUGCACGUGGUGGCCAUCUCGUUCACGGCGCUCAUCCUGACUGAGCUGCUGAUGGUGGCGCUGACGGUGCGCACGUGGCACUGGCUCAUGGUGCUGGCCGAGUUCUUCAGCCUGGGCUGCUACCUGGCCUCGCUCGCUUUCCUCAACGAGUACUUUGGCAUAGGCAGGGUGUCCUUUGGAGCUUUUCUUGACUUAAACUUCAUCACCACGUGGCCUUUCUUGUGGAAGGUGUCGUCCAUCACGCUGGUCAGCUGCCUGCCGCUCUACAUCAUCAAGUACCUCAAGCGAAAAUUCUCCCCGUCGAGCUACUCUAAACUGGCCUCCUGAGACUAACGAGAACGACAGCUCAUCAUUUUCAUGCACUUUUGUUUUUCUUCUUUUGAACCGACGCAACUCCUCGCCGCUGGAUGUGGAGGUCAGUGAUCCACUGGAGCAAUCAGACACUUUUUCCUUUUUUUGAUUGACAUCUCAGACUUUUUGGGAUUACUUGAACAAAGCGAGCACAAAAAGUUAAAAAAGGAACUCGUCACACACCAAAAUGGCCACCAGAGGGAGUACGCACUUUGAUCCAAAGCUCCUCAAGUGUCAUUUUUUAAAUGCUUUUUAUAUACAUCUUUAUAAGUGUUUUUACUCAAAAAUGCAAUCAGGGUUGUCCGGAAUGAGUUUUAUUAUUCACGGCAUCUGCGUUUGCAUCUCUGAUCACACAUAUCGUUUUUCAGGCGGGAAAAAAAAGUCGAACGGAAUGUGGAUGGCGUUUAUUUUGUAAAACUUUCCCUAAAGUGCAUUCCUGUGUCGUGUUGAAAUGUUGCGCAUGUUGUGCUUUUACGUCCCACAUUGCAAGUUGAAACCGUGUCGCUGCUAAUUAAGCUGUUCUUUUUCCAUUCAAGACUCAAUAAAAUUGAAAGAUUUAA